UUUUGGUAUAUGUGGGGGAGGAGGCAGAGAGAAUGGUUAUUUAUCCAUUCAUUUGGGUCUGGUGAAACUAUCAACCUAGAAAAAUAUAGUAGCACAAAGCAAAGUAUCUUCCUAUUAUUAUUAAUAAUUAGUGUCUUAUUUCUGAGUGGAAGGGAGGAAUCUCCUAGAGGUGAAACCUUACCCCUUUUCUGAAAACCUCUUUGCCCUGUAUUUGGUGUAGCGCACGUUUAUUGGACACUGACUCUGUGUACUAAGAGUGAAGGGCGUUUCAGGGGUGUGUGAGGCACAGCGGGUCCUCACACCAGGUGGGCUGGGUGGGGAGGACACGGAGCUGUGGCUUUAGAGCAAGUGUGAACCCAGCCCCUGCCACUGAGGCUCUGUGUGACCCAACUGAGGUUCUCGACACUUCCAAGCCUCGUUCUCCCACAGAUAAAAGGGGGAUAAUUGUGCCUUCAGGACAGGACAGUUAUGAGGAUGAAAUACAAAGAUGGUGCCAGUACAGUGCCCGGCUCGUGCAAGUGUCCAGCACAUGGCAGCUAACAGUUGUUGGGGUUUUAUUGGUUUUUGGGCAUCACCUUUGAGGUGUGGAGAGUGAGCUGCACAUGGGAAGCCUUGGGGAGCUGGGAGGUGGUAACAGGCCAGAUGUGGGGGAAGAGGCUUUGCUUCUCAGCUUGAACAUUUUUCCAUUUUCAGCCCUUGUCGUCCCCUUCCAAUCCCUGGCCACCUAUCUCUCUUCUCCCUCCACGUUUCUGGGACUCUGAUUGUGAGACAGCAGGGACCCCUUCCCUCCCAUUCAGGGGUGUCUUGCACAUAAGACACCCCAGGUAUUUACAGGAGUGGGCUCUUUGCUUAGAAGAGCCACCGAGAAGUUUGCAUACCUGGAACGAGGGAGCAGGUAGUGGCUGUUUCACUCAUCCCCACCCAAGUGACCCCCGUUUUGAUUGUGUUUUUCCACCAGCCGUCUUUUUCACAUAGAGUCUAUUAAUCUUCAUCUCAGUUGUCAUAAAAGUAAUAGCUGAUAUUUAUUAAGCACUUGUUAUGUGCCAGGCACUGCAGUCCUGCCUUCUUAAUAACAGAGGUCAGAUAACACAUCAUCAGUUCCUUUAUGCAGAAGUAUCUCAAAGCCCUCGCUGGCGGUCUGCUUAUUUCAAGUGGUAUUAAAAAUUAAAAUUCUAGUGGGCAUUGAACGUGUUCCCUCGAGUGCUUGAGCUCGUGUUUUCUUUUCUGUUAAAUUGAAUUACCUUGAGGAUGUUACAGCUCCUUCACUGUGUGUUCAGUUCAUUCUGGUACCUCCUUUUUGCUUUAGAAACGCUGUCCAAAAUAUAAGUGGUAUUUUUCCCUUUCCUUUCACAUUAGUUCAUAUAUGCACAUACAUUUCUGUUCAUAUAUAUAUUAUAUAUAUUUAAUGUAAAAGAUACUGUGAAACAUAGCUGAACUAGGACUUUUUCCUACUAGAUGUCCAAUAGCCAUACCUCGUGAUAAAGUAAUGCUAACUUUCCUUCUUUAGGUUAUAUUUGCAUAUUAUUUAGGGUAAUCGUGGUAACCUGUUGUUGCUUAACGAAAAUGGCAAGUGGAGUCAUUUGGGCCGUUCUGAACCUACUCACCUCGUCAGGACUCAACUAAGCAACCUGAACAGUCAUUUCUAAAGUCCUGAAAUUGAAUUGAGUGCUGGAAUUCUAUUCUGUUUGACGAGUCUCUCUGGCAGACCUUAGACCUCACAGGUAAAAACCUGCACCCAGACGUGAUUGGGCGCCUGCUGUCUCGAGGGGUAGUUGCCUUCUGCUGCCCACGAUCAUUUGUGGACUCACCAUUAGUUGAACAUUUCAGCCCUUUUCGUGUACAGCACAUGGACCUGUCAAACUCGGUCAUCGAUGUGUCUACCCUCCAUGACAUCCUGUCUCUGUGCUCCAGGCUGCAGAAUCUAAGCCUGGAAGGCCUACAGCUGUCGGAUCCCACUGUCAAUAAUCUUGCGCAGAACUCAAAUUUAGUGCGACUGAACCUCUCUGGGUGUUCUGGAUUCUCUGAAUCGGCCCUGAAGACUUUACUGAGCAGCUGUUCCAGAUUGGAUGAGCUGAACCUCUCCUGGUGCUUUGACUUCACUGAAAAACACGUGCAGGUGGCUGUGGCGCACGUGUCAGAGACUAUCACCCAGCUGAAUCUCAGCGGCUACCGGAAGAAUCUGCAGAGAGCAGAUGUCUCUACCUUAGUUGGAAGAUGCCCCAACCUCGUCCAUCUAGACUUAAGCGAUAGUAUCAUGCUAAAGCAUGACUGCUUUCCGGAAUUUUUCCAGCUUAACUACCUCCAACACCUAUCACUCAGUCGAUGCUACGAUAUAAUACCUGAAACUUUACUUGAACUUGGAGAAAUUCCCACACUGAAAACGCUACAAGUUUUUGGAAUCGUGCCAGACGGUACCCUUCAACUGUUAAAGGAAGCCCUUCCUCAUCUACAGAUCAAUUGUUCCCAUUUUACCACCAUUGCCAGGCCUACCGUUGGCAACAAGAACCACCCGGAGAUAUGGGGCAUCAAAUGCCAACUGACAUUGCAAAAGCCCACCUGUCUAUGAAGUAUUUAUUGCAGGAUGAUGUCUCCUUUUUUUUUUUUCUUUUGGACAGGGAAAAUAGGCAGGAAGCCCAAUUGCCAGAGUACUCAGCUAUCUUUAUUCUUGGUUUUCCCGUUGCCUUCAUCCUGCAAGUAUAUUCAAGAACUAUUUGAGAGAAAACAAUGAAGUGUGUUCUUGCUUUUUAUAAAUGACUAUAAAAGCUUCUGUCACUGCUAUGCCCUUACAAGCCUAAGUGUAGAACUUAACGAAAUUUUAGGAAAGUGAGCCUGUGAUUUCAAGCAAUUUUGAAGAGCAAAAUUUGCGCCAUCUCUUUCAGUGCCCUUAUUAAAUGUUUAGAAUCAAGCUUAAGUAUCACCAGCAAAUCAUUUUCAUGAUUCUAUAUGGUAACUUAACUUUCCUAUUGAAUUUUCUAGUAUUGCUUUAUAAGACGUAGAUGGGAAGGAUAAUAAGCUAUCUGUAUUGUGUGAGCAAGAAUCCUAGGAUACUAGAGUUGAGGCAAUCUCUUCUGAGGAUAAAAAAAGAAAAAUGCACAUUUCAACCUUGCCUUUAGACUUGCAGUUAGGCUCUUGGAAGUAAAUAGCCCUCAGAAAUCCACCUUAAAACCUAAGUAAAAAACCAGCUAACCAAUCAGCCAGAGGUAUAGAGUUGGCAUAGAAUUUGAAAGCUUGCAAGGCAGCUUUCUAUGACAGGUUAAUCUGAAGUAUCCUCUAAAUCACACUGAUGAAGUAACCUUUGAUGUACUCGUUUCCCAGAACUCUACAUUAGCUGAGGUGAUAUAAUUGUGGUCUUCUAACUGGAUGAUCAAAUGGUGUUAACAUGGGUUCUUGAGCUUUUUAAAUGCCUUGCUUUUUUUUAGAAAGGUGGUAGUAACCAGUCAGUCUCAAUUGUUGAAAUGCUGGAUGGAAAGCUGAACUGAAUGAAGUUGCCUCCCGUUUUCCUUUAUUGCUGAGGUCCUUGAAGUUAUUUUUGUAUUACUCUGGAAUCAAGUACUUUAAAUUGUCCUUUUUUUUAAAGUGUCUCCCACAAUAGUAGCUUGAAUCUACCCAUUUUACAAGGUUCUGGACCUAACGUUCCCUAAGAAGAACUGCAUGUUCCUCUCAAUCACAAAUACAAUAGAAGCAGGUGUGUGUCCCAUAGUUUCAGAGCAGAAAGCACAGCUUGCCCCUGCAGAAAAGUGAACUCAGGUGUUGAACCUUUUGUAGCAUCAGUGGUUUUUUUAAAUGGCACAUAGAAGCAGGCGAGUUCAAUUCUACUUUAAAAAAACAACAACACUAAUUUCUUGUUUAAAUUGAUGACCUCCCCAUAUGAACAAAAUGGAACAGAAAAGCCAAAACUUGCCAUGUCUAUUAACAUUGUAAUCAGAUUUUUGAAAUGUUAGAAACAAUGUUUUGAAGUGCCCUUAUCUGCCUGUACCUAAGAAAGAACAUUUUAAAGUAGCUAUACUGGAAAUGAUUGUUUCAAUUUUGUAGUAGUUAAAAAGUGCUAAAUACUACUUGAACUUAUUGUUUACAGAUUAGUGACAAGGGCUGGGGAUAGGAUCCGGUUGGACUCCGACUUCUGGACGCCCUCAAACAUGCAGUACUUCCAAACUCAAGUCCAGCCAUAAGCUAUUUUGCUAACAUGUCAGAGUAAUCUGUAUUUUUGUAUGUGAUUUCUACUUUUAUAGACUUGUUUUAAAAUAAAACACAUUUUUAUAAAAAUGA